GUCCUGCUAGCUUAGCUUAGCCAGCUGUAGCGUGGAUUUGUCGUCAAAAUGUCUCACCAAACACCGUCCGACAAGCCGUCUAACGCCUCCAACCCGCGCGUCUUCUUCGACGUGGCCGUGGCCGGACAGCCAGCUGGGCGCAUCGUUCUGGAGCUGUUUGCAGAUGUUACUCCCAAGACUGCUGAAAACUUCCGGGCGCUGUGCACCGGAGAGAAGGGCCUCGGCAAAUCCACCGGGAAACCUCUGCACUUCAAGGGAUGCCCCUUCCACCGGAUCAUCAAGAAGUUCAUGAUCCAAGGAGGCGACUUCUCCAACCAAAACGGAACCGGAGGGGAGAGCAUCUACGGGGAGAAGUUCGAGGAUGAAAACUUCCACUACAAGCACGAUAAAGCGGGGCUGCUGAGCAUGGCCAACGCCGGGCCCAACACCAACGGCUCGCAGUUCUUCGUCACCACCGUCCCCACGCCGCACCUGGACGGGAAGCACGUGGUGUUCGGGCAGGUGCUGCGGGGGAUGGGGGUGGUGAAGAUGCUGGAGGCCGUGGACACGCAGGACGACGCUCCGGUGAAGCCGUGUGUCAUCGCUGACUGUGGCGAGCAUAAGGACGGGGACAGCUGGGGGUCGGCCCCGAGCGAUGGAACCGGAGACGCCCACCCAGACUUCCCAGAGGACUCGGAUAUCGACUUCAAGGAUGUGGACAAAGUUCUGUCAGUGGCCGAAGACGUGAAGAACAUCGGAAACACGCUUUUUAAGAACCAGAACUGGAACGCCGCGGUCAACAAAUACAGCAAAGCCCUCAGGUAUCUGGAGGCGAGCGGUGAGCUGCUGGCGGAGGAGGCGGCCCACCAGAAGCUGGAGCCCACCGCUCUGAGCUGCUUCCUCAACACGGCGGCCUGCAAGCUGAAGCUGCAGCUGUGGCAGGAGGCGGUGGAGAGCUGCAACCAGGCUCUGGAUCUGAACCAGGCCAACACUAAAGCACUUUUCCGGAGGGCCCAGGCCUGGCAGGGGCUAAAGGAAUACAGCCAAGCCAUGACGGACCUGAAGAAAGCUCAGGAAAUCACUCCAGAAGAUAAAGCCGUCAACAACGAGAUGAAGAGAGUCCAGCUGAAAAUCCAAGAAGAGAAGGAGAAAGAGAAGAAGAUCUACGCCAAAAUGUUUGCGUGAAUGAAGCGGUUGUGGCUGGAUCGGAGCGUCCAGAGGAAGCUGCACUGACUGCACAGUAGCGAGGAGCGACGGUUCCUCUCAGCGAGGCAAAACCCGCCAACACCGGCCUUCGACCUUCAGUUGUGUGUGUGUUCGCGUGUGUGUCGUAUCGGUGAACGUGGGGUUUUCGACACAAAGCCCUCGGCCCACAUACAGUUAAUCCGUUUGGUUUUAUUUAUGUUUUUUACAGAGGCCAAUAAAACAGUUGCUAACA